UAGCGUGGCAUAACCUCGAAACUUAAAUUUUGGAUGGCGACAGUUGUUCGAUAGUCUUGGAGCCAUAUCGCAGUGGAGAACUGGUGAUAGCUUUCAGCUAGCAAUUACACACAUAUGAAAGGAGACAAGGAGGGGAAUAACUCUUGUCCUGCCCUGGAUCACACUGAUGCGGUGUCACAUUUGUUAUUUCAUGGCUGCGUUCACUGCGAGAUGUAUAGAUUAAAACCGUUCCAGAGGCAUCGUAGGAAUUAAUCAUGGUCAGGAGAAAGUCUUCACAGGCUAAGGAUUUCCGAGUAUCCAGCCAUGAGAUGUCUUACUUACGACUUUGACUGCGACAACUGAACAAACAUGGAUUUACUGGGAGAAAAGGCCCAUCACUAUGGGAAAGAACCGCAACCAGUCAUAGCAUUGAUUGUGAACCUGACGUCAUCGGAUGUCGGGUAUCACGUGGCUGUUGACAAUCGAUCCUGUUUGACAAAUGAAACCUCGGACUACGAGGGGUUUUAUCGUCGUGCACAGUACGUCACAGGCUUGAUUAUAUAUCCGAUAUUGUGCAUCAUUGGCAUCACUGGAAAUGUUCUUGCUCUGAUUGUGUUAAGCCAUAGAGAUAUGGCAACGUCAACCAAUGUGUAUUUGUCAGCUUUGGCGGUUUCCGACACAAUCAAACUCUUCAAUGACCUUUUGUACUUUAUAAUGGUCGUACUAUUUCUGAACGAUGCAGAACUCUCGGAGAAGAUGAAAAUCACACUGUAUCCAUUUGCCCAUUACAUAUUUAACAUGGCUGUGUGUAUCACAGCCUGGUUAACUGUCUCCGUUGCCAUGGAGCGCUACAUCUCUGUGUGUCACCCUUCCCGUGCGAAACAGCUAUGCACCAUUUCCCGCGCUCGGUUGGUGUGCGCUAUAGUGUUCAUCAUGAUGAUCCUUCUGUCUCUCCCAUCACUGUUCAGAUAUAAGGUAGAGACUUUUCAUGACAUCAAGAACAAUAUUACAUGCAGUGAGUUUAUCCCGACGGACCUUGGUAACAAUGAUGCCUUCAUGGUACCCUAUACAUGGAUCCAAAACGCUCUGAGAGCUAUUAUCCCCCUUUUCGUUCUGAUUUACCUAAACGCCCGUAUUAUCAACGAGUUGCGUAAAGAACGAGUAAAGGGUAAGCGUCUCUCCUCCAGGAACCGCAUCACUCUGAUGCUCAUCAUAAUAAUCCUCGUCUUCACCAUCUGCAUCACACCCGACGCCGUCAUGUCGACGUUCUUUGGCAAAGGCUACGUCGAGGAGGGGAACCUGGUCAAGGGCAUCCGCGAAAUUACAGACUCCCUGCUUGCCGUCAACUCCGCGUUUAAUUUUCUUUUGUACUGUGCCCUGAGCAUUGUUUUCCGCAACACCUUCUUGAGGAUAUUCUGCGCAUGCCGACCCGAACUUGUUCCAAAAGACACACGCCGAAGCAUGCGAAACGGAAGUACCCAUGUGAUAAGGAACAAUUCAAAAGACGAAGAUAAGACACAGACGAAUGCACAGGAGACAUAUGUGUGACCCAAUGUGUGCAUUGACAUUCAUACCAUAACGGCCUUUUGUUCAGUUUGCGUUGCUAGCUGCGUUGUUUUGUUUUCAUAACUUGUGCCACUUGUAUCAAUAAAUAUUAAACGUGCCC